CAAUAUAAAAAAAAAACCUUUCUUUCCUCAAACUAAAACUAAUGUCUGCACUUCGAUCUCGCUUAUUCAUUCGUAACUUUACCAACACAGGUUAUCGUAAGCCAUUCCACAACAAGGUGAAAAGCGGCAAUUAUACACCUACACCUUCAGGUUGGGACCAUGUGUAUGGUUUAUCCAGUGUCCUUUCUGCUCUUCAAUCGAAAAAACGAUCUGUCUUGGACACCGUUUAUAUUCUUGAAUCCGACGAGAAAAAGACGACACAGAAGAAGGAUGCCUCUUUAAUGGACGAGAUCCUUCAAUUAACAAAGGCUGCUAGUAUCUACACAGUGGCGGUCGAUAAAGGAAGACUGAAUAAUUUGACAGAAAAUAAAACCCACCAGGGUGUAGUGUUGAAGGCUUCACCAAGAGAACCUGUCGAGAUCAGUGCAUUAUCAACUUUAAAAGAAAACGAAUAUGAAGCAUUACCAAGAAUUAACAAAAGAGGAAGUGAACAAGAUCGUGAAAGUAGCAGUCAAAAGGAAGUUGCUCCUAUUUCCUUCCAAAAGUCCAACCGCAUGCCUUUCUGGAUCGCUUUAGAUGAAGUGCAAGAUCCUCAGAAUUUGGGCUCUAUUUUAAGAACAGCGCAUUUCUUUGGUGUAGAUGGUGUCUUACUCUGUAGUAAAAACAGUGCUCCUCUCAGUCCUGCUGUCUCCAAAGUCAGUUCUGGAGCAAUUGAAAUGAUGGAUAUCUAUUCAACACCCAACCUUGUCAAAUUCUUGAAGGAAUCCAACGAAAAUGGCUGGCAAAUUAUUGGAGCCGCAGGUGACGCCAAUCCAUCCAUCAACCUGACUCAAUUCCGUGAAAACACAAGCGAGAAACCCGUGAUUUUAGUGUUGGGUAAUGAAGGAACUGGACUUCGUACCAAUGUCAAGAAUGGAUGUCAAUCAUUUGUCAGUAUUCCUAAUGCUUGUAAAGAUAAAUUCCAUGGUGCUGUAGAUAGUUUAAAUGUCGGUGUAGCUGCUGGUGUGCUUAUUUCAACUGCCAUUUCUCAAUAA